AUGGAUUGGACUUGGAGUUGUUCUAUUUCUGGGCUGAGUCUUAUACUAUCGGGGCCUCUUCUGAUCAUCAUUCUCUUUCUCUACCAUUCCCGGAGGAGGCAGGCGGAGGCGCAUGAUUCUGGUAAACUCCGGCCACCAGGUCCUUUGGGAUGGCCGGUGGUAGGCAACAUUUUUGACCUCGGAGAACUGCCACAUCAGACCUUGUGUAAGCUCCGGGAUAAGUUCGGGCCUGUGAUUUGGCUACAGUUAGGAUCAGUCGGAACUGUUGCUGUCAACUCGGCCGAUGCUGCGGCCAAGCUAUUCAAGAACUACGACCUAGCCUUCUCCGACCGUAAAUGCCCGGAUGCACUAACUGCCCACGGUUUUAAUCAUGGGUCAAUGGCCAUUGGAAACUACGGGUCCUACUGGCGCGUAGUCAAGAGGAUUGGAGUCAUGAGUAAGUUCAUGGUGUGGACUGCAAAGCCUAACUUAUCAGAUUAUUUCCCGAUGUUGAAGAGAUUAGAUCUCUUGGGAAUAAAGAAGGGGAUGAUGAAGGAUAUGGGAACAUGUUUGAAGAUGGUGGAGAAUUUUGUGAAGGAGAGGGUGGUUCAAGAGGAGAGAUUCAAGAGUAGAGAAGAUUAUAACCGGAAGAAGGAUUUCCUUGAUGUUCUAAUGGAGUUCCAAGGUGACAAUAGAGAAGGGCUUAGCAGAGUUUCCGAGGAAAACCUCAAUAUCCUUAUUAUGGAAAUGUUUUUUGCAGGAUCCGAGACCACAAGUAACUCGAUCGAGUGGCUAAUGUCAGAGCUACUAAACCACCCCAAUUGCAUGAUGAAGUUGAAAGAUGAGCUCGAUAGAAUAGUGGGAAGGGGAAGAAAAAUAGAAGAAAGCGAUAUCGAUGAACUCUCAUAUUUGCAAGCGUGUGUGAAAGAAGCCUUAAGAUUGCACCCUCCACUACCCAUGCUCCUCCCAAGGAAUUCAAUGGAAGACACGAAUUACAAUGGCUACUUCAUACCCAAAGGCACACAAGUCUUAGUAAAUGCCUAUGCAAUAGGGAGAGAUCCUGAAGUAUGGGAUAACCCCUUGGAUUUUAAACCCGAGAGGUUCCUCGACAAGAACAUAGAGCUAGUUGGUCAACAUUUUGGGUUGAUUCCUUUCGGGGCGGGCCGAAGGAUAUGUAUGGGUUAUGCUUUGGGACAAAGAGUGCUUCAUCUUGUCACCGCGACUCUUAUCCACACGUUCGACUGGAAAGUUGGAGAUUCGACAACUCCUGGGAUGAUUGACAUGAACGAAAAGAUGGGAAUAACAGUAAGAAAAUUGAAUCCCUUAAUAAUCAUACCUACGAAACGAGAACUCUAA